UCCGCUUUGUCCCCCUGAAGACAUCGGUCUACAUUUUCCAAGAUGUGGCGUCGCUUUGAUCUGCUGUGUUUCCUUCUGGGCGCGCCCCUGAGUGCUGCUUCCAGUGCUGCGCGCCUCACCAUGAUGGUCUCCCAGGAGACGAAUUCGGGCUCUGGAGCCACGCAAGCCACCAUCUCGGCCGCGUCCUCAGACGCCAACGGCGGCUGGCACAUGAAGCCUGUUACUUCAAUUCAGGCACGUGUGCAGGGUGACGCCCCUGUGUGGAAUGAGGAGGCACAGAUGUGGCUGUCCAAGUACGGAGACAAUACGGAGGCUGCCUACAUGAACAACCUGGACACGGUCAAUACCGCCUCAGUCGAGGGAGCUCUGAUGUUCGUGCAGGCCGAAGGUAUCAACUACUACGAGAGCCACACUCCUCCGGAGUAUGGCGAGUUCGUGGCCAUGGAUGGUGCCAAGUGCACGGACGAAGGUAGCGACCUUCCUGAGGACUGCAAGGUUUACUACGGUCUGGAUGGAGAGAUGGACAUUGGUCCGAUGGUAGGCAGCAACCUGCAGACGUCGGACCCUCGUGCUCCGUACCCUGGCAACUACUGCAAGUGGACCCCACCCAAAAGUGUGACUGACGUUUUCCGAAAGAUACUCGGCAUCCCGGUGCUUAUCUUUUGGGGCAAAUUCUGGUGGAUGCCCAAGGCUCCAGCCGAAGGGAAGCGCUUCGGACUUGUGUACGGAAAGCCCAUUACCACUAAGCACACUCCAAACCCGACCGCGGAACAAGUUCGUGCGGUUCAUGCGAAAUACGUGGCGGAAAUCAAGCGGAUCUUCGAGCAGUACAAGGCGCAAUUCGGCUACGAGGAUGACGAGACCCUGGCUAUCAUCUAG